ACGCUGCGUGCUAUAUGAAGUGGCGAUACGUAGUUUGCUUCGCGAUGUAGAGAGCAGUUGGGGGUAUUGGAGGCUUACUCCGUGGACGAGGUUAAAUAACCAGCGCGAAACGACAACAUUCAGUUCUUAAUACGUUUUGGCAUUUUUAUGAAAAGUGCAGACCAUGGCGACGUUCCGGAACACGUUCGACUAGUCAGAGGACAGGACGUUUUUGCUGGGCUUGGAAACCGCAGCUGGUGGCACCGAAACCGUCCAUUUCCGACUUCUUUCCCCCGCGGGUCAGCUCGAACUGCGGUUUAUAUGUGGAAACCUGAUACCUGAACUGCCCUGAUCCUGGCCUGAGCAGAGUGUGUUACACUGGAGGGAGGAGCCAAGUGCCUUGGAGAUGUGAAUUAAUAAUGACUUCCUACAGAGCUGCCCCCUACAGGGAACCACGGAAACUGCCCUCCACCCUGCACCCAGCCUGGAGGUUCACAAACAUGCAUCUAAAAUCAUACCCCAAGUUCCAGAAGAAGGAACUUCAACUGGAAUCAAGCCAUGAGAACACAAGAGGCCUUCAUGUCGGCCAGCAGGGGUCUCAGAGGACCGAUCACAGCAUGUGUCAGCAGUGUUCCCUGGGGGGUGGCAUAGUUGGCAGACGCCCCCUUGGGGUAAUCUCCCCCAACACCCUCUGCAGCAGUAGUGCCAACACAUUGACGUCGAAGGCAGCUGUGGAAUCUUCAUGUGGUGCGCGCGGCCGGAAUGGAAAGGCUUCCUCAGUCAAGAUGCUUACCAGCUCCUUGCUGCUGCUUUCUCCCAUGUCGGGGAACGAGCUGAGCUCCAGCCCCGAGCAGGACAGCGAGGGGCCCCUGGACAUCUGGGCGGUCAUCAAGCCUGGCAACACCAAGGAGAAGAUUGCAGUUUAUGCAGCACAGCAGUAUAGCCACGGCACCGGCCAGCCCGCCUCCAUCGGGGGCGGCGCUCCCAGCUUCCGGACGGUCAUGAAGGUGAAAGGCUGCUGGGAGGUGGAAGGAUCUAUUGCCAAACGGAGGAAGUGGUGUCAGGACCGGGACAAGCAGCAGACCCUGGCACGGCGGGGCAGCAUGCCCAAAGUGCAGUCUCUGGAUAAUGGCCGUGCGGAGCAUAAAGAGCUGGUGUGCCGGGAAGGCGAUGGCGAAGAGGGGUCCAAGACCUUGUCUGUGGUGGAGAUUGUGGCCUACUUUGACCAGCAGGUGGGCCGUGCCAAACCCUGCUCCAUGCGUGCCUCUGGCAACGAUCCCCUGUCCAAGGUAGAUUUACCGCCACCACUCGACCAGCCAGGGGGACAGAAUGCUCCUGAAAACCGGGCGGAGGUGGGUGAGGGCAUCCGCGUUCAGGAAAUGGUGGCGAAGUUGGAGUCUGAGUGUCUGAAGGAGCAAUGUGAACGUGAAGCCGGAGGCCUGAAACGCAGUGGCAGCCUACGGAGGAACGUGGGCCGGGUGCUGCUAGCGGAAACUGAGGCCCGGCCGGAACCCACGGCCCAGCCCAAUCGGGACAGGGGUCUCCAGGGCCCCGGAAAGGAGCCUGGCAGCGCAUCCACCGAGCCACCAAGCACAGCUUACAGGAUGGGCUCCACGGCAGCGGAUCCGCUCCGUGCAGGCGGGGCACUUGUGCCGAGACUCGGGGAUGGCAGGGUCAGCAGGGGAGAGGGCCAGGAGGGAAGCAGGGUAGAGAGUGAGUCCUGCCUCGGACAGCGCCAGGAACCGCUCCCGGGCAGGCUAUUUUUCACAACACCACCGCCAUCCACGCUAGAGCAGCUGGCCCUUGCUCCGGUUGCAGAGGAAGCCUCUCCUAGGGACGUGCUGCCCCCCGAAACCUCUCUGUGUGACCUUGCGACACCCCCCUCAGAGGGAGAGGGCCACGAAAGAGCAGACACGGAGGUAGAAGUAGAGAGCGAUGGUGACUCAGUCAGUCCUGAACGCUCACACUUCCCUCUCCGCCGAAUGGUCUCCCACAAGUUCCUGGAGAUGCGUUUCAAGAUCCAGCUCCUCCUUGAACCCCAGCAGUACAUGGCCAUCUUGCCCCACCACAUCAUAGUAAAGAUCUUUGGCCUCCUACCCACGGAGACCCUCGCUGCACUCAAGUGCACCUGCCACUACUUCAAGUUCAUCAUCGAGAGCUACAGCGUGCGGCCGGCCGACUCGCGUUGGGUGUGCGACCCGCGCUACAAGGACGACCCCUGCAAGCAAUGCAAGAAACGCUACGGGCGUGGCGACGUCUCCCUCUGCCGCUGGCACCACAAGCCCUACUGCCAGGCACUGCCCUACGGGCCCGGCUACUGGAUGUGCUGCCACGGCACCCGUAAGGACACACCAGGCUGCAACGUGGGCCUCCACGACAACCACUGGGUGCCUGCCUUUCACAGCAUGAACGUGCCAAUGUACAAGAAAGCCAGAGAUGUCGAGGAAGACUCGUAACAGACAGGGAAGGGCCUGGGCUGGUGCUUUUAAUCUCGAGGGCUUAUGCGUUGCCGUGCGUUCUGUAUCUCUGUGUGCUGUGUGCAUGUUGCGGUAAGUCAGAUUUAUUUUUUAUUAUUUUAUUUUUCUGCCAGGUUGACUAGGUUGCUGAUGCUAAUGAGGACUUGCUGGACACCCCUCUCCCCCCCAUCCCAGUGUACCUAUGCCAAGCUCUCCUCUGCUCCUCUAUGGAGACGGUCAGCACUUUAAGCUCGCAUGAUGAAGUUCCUCAGUGUUCAGUUCUGGUAUUGCUUGCUCUCAUCAACAGUCAAUCAAUUUCGAUGAGAUUCUGUUGAACCUUAACACCUUGGGUGGGGAAUGGGGUAGGGGAGGCUCAAACUUGCCACUUUUUCAGCUAUUUAAAAAGUACUGCAUUUAUCUUUAGUGUGUCAACAGGUGCAUUGCCCAGUGCCGGUUAACAGCAGCAAUAAGGCCAUGAUCUCAUUAUAAAAAAAGCACCCCCUCUACUCACCCCCAAAACCUUGUGUUCUUAUCAGCCCUGCCUAGAUCAGUCAUGGAUGUUAGCAAGACAGCCUGAGGUUUUCUUCCUAGAAUGCGUGAAGCUUGUUCUGAGCCCUGUUGUGUUUACACUGUAUAUAAUGCAAAAUAAUAUAUCAAUACAGGGUCAGGCACUAGCAAUAAGUGACAGAUUCUAUCAUUAGUAAGUGGAAUUUUUUUUAAAACCCCCCCAAUUAUGUACAUAUUUAAGAAAUGACCUAUAGUUUUGUGUGUGUGUGUGUAAGUAUGUAUGUAUGUGUGUAUGUACAUAAUAUAGUUCUGCCGCUGGCCCAGCUGCAUAUUCCCUGAAGUUCUUGCAUCCAUUUACAGUGUUUUUAUAGUUUUCCCAUUUUUUUUGUGUUUUCUCCCUUGCAUAUGAUCCCUGUCAGAAGGGAGACUUAAAUGCAUGAAGAGGGGUUGCACUCCUCCGUUGGCUAUAACUGGACGUCAUCUGGGGGGUAGAAUAGCGAAGAAUAAUAUUCAGAAAAAGAAUGUAUUUUUUAAACCAUUGUACAAACUUCCUCAUAUGAGAUUCUGCCUUUGCAGGCAAUUUACUUCAAUAAAGCGUGUGUAUUUCUAAAGGUUUUGUCAGGUAGUGUUCUGCCUUGCACUCACCACUGUUUCUCACACAUGCGCGCACACACUGUUAUCCUGUCACUGAUGUUGUCAGAGUUGUCAUGGUAAAAAGAUAACGGCACAGAGAAUGACUGUGAAAUUCCUUCACACCAGGAAGUAGGGAGGGGAUUCUGCCUUAAUGGGCAGAUUGAGUAUUAUUGUCCAUCCACCCCUCUCCUAAUUCAUAAUAUGGUCUGUUUGGAAUUUUUAGUAAAAAAAUGUUUUAAACA